GUUUUCUCAUCCCCUUUUUCCUCUGAGGCAAGCUCUUCAGAGACUCACCUGCUUGGAUUGGACGCCCUGUUUGCCCAUCACUAGAAGUGUGGUUCUGGGUGGGACUGUGAACCAUGGAGUUGUAUUUCGGUGAAUACCAACACGUGCAGCAGGAGUACGGUGUCCACUUGAGACUCGCCAGUGAUGAGACCAAAAAGCCAAGGAACUCUCAGCACUUGAAGACAGGCUCCUAUGGGGUCAGUAUUAGGGUCCAGGGUAUUGAUGGUCACCCCUACAUCGUCCUGAAUAACACGGAGCAGUGUCUGGCAGGGACAUCUUUUCCUGAAAAUGGGCCAUCAUUGUCACCACCAAGGAUAAAUAACUUGCCUCGCCAUGCCACCAAUGGCUCUGUGUUGAAGGAGAACAGCACAGAAGAAUUGCAGCUUCCAGAAAACCCAUAUGCCCAACCUAGCACAAUCAGAAACCUAAAACAGUCCUGUCUCCACGAAGGCAAGAAUGGCAUUCUAGAACGCAAAGGCAGCCCAAUGAAGCCAAACCACGUGCUCAACUUUCAGAAGCAUCCAGAGAUUUUGCAGCCCUAUGACCCUGAAAAGAAUGACUUGCACUUGAAAAGCCACCAACCCCCUGAGAGUAAUUGGCUGAAAAAUGUAACUGAAGAAGGAACCAAUGAUAAGAAACCUUGGACUUGCUUUCCCCAGCCUGGCCAUCCCCAAUCUACCAGCCCUCCCUUGCAGGACCUGGCCAAAUCGAGUGUGACAGCCAUUCGUCUCUGCAGCUCUGUGGUCAUAGAAGACCCCAGAAAGCAGACUUCGGUAUGUGUGAAUGUUCAGAGCUGCACCAAAGAGGGGGUGGGAGAGGAGGCCCUUUCUCCCAGCGCGAGGUCUCUAAGUACCCAUAGCCCACACGCCCACCCUGACACCAAAAAAACCAGGCCAGAUGUGCUUCCCUUCCGGCGACAAGAUUCAGCAGGACCUAUCCUGGAUGGAGCUCGGUCACGAAGGUCCUCCUCCUCGUCUACGACUCCCACGUCGGCCAAUUCUUUGUAUAGGUUUUUACUUGACGAUCAGGAAUGUGCCAUCCAUGCUGACAACGUCAAUCGUCACGAAAAUAGAAGGUAUAUCCCCUUCUUGCCGGGAACUGGGCGGGACAUUGAUACAGGCUCAAUUCCUGGUGUGGAUCAGUUAAUUGAGAAAUUUGAUCAAAAGCCUGGGCUUCAGAGAAGAGGACGGUCUGGGAAGAGAAACGGAAUUAAUCCAGAAGACAGGAAAAGAUCCCGAAGUGUCGAUAGUGCCUUUCCUUUUGGUCUUCAGGGGAACCCAGAGUACCUGACUGAAUUUAGCAGGAACUUGGGCAAGUCCAGUGAACACCUCCUCCGACCAUCCCAGGUGUGCCCACAGAGGCCACUGUCCCAGGAACACCGUGGGAAACAAAGCAUGAGCCGCAUCUUUGCAAAACUGCAGAGAGACCCACAUGGUGCUCAGGCUGCCCACCCCAGACCUCCCCAGCAGCCCAAAGAUGGGAAAAUUCUAGGAAACAAAGGCAAUCAGGAAAGCGUGGAGAUUCGUGCAGCCUCCCUUCCAGCACAGAGUAAAAAGGAGGAAGAAAUCAAAACGGCCACAGCUACCUUGAUGUUACAGAAUCGGGCAGCGGCCAUCUCUCUGGAUUCUGGUGCCAAGAAAAUUUCUGUGAAGACAUUUCCUUCCAACUCAAAUACCCAGGCUACACCGGAUCUCUUAAAGGGCCAGCAAGAGAUCAGUCAACAAACCAAUGAGGAGACAGCCAGACAGAUACUUUUCAAUUAUCUCAAAGAAGGCAGCACUGACAACGAGGAAUCUACUAAGAGGAAAGUCAACCUGGUUUUCGAGAAAAUUCAGACUUUAAAGUCUCGAGCAACGGGAAGUGCGCAAGGAAAUAAUCAAGCUUCUAACACCUCACCUGAAAUCAAAGAUCUCUUGGAACAGAAAAAAAAGUUGACCUUAGAGGUGGCUGAACUUCAGAGACAGCUUCAGCUAGAAGUCAAGAAUCAACAGAACAUGAAGGAAGAGAGGGAGAGGAUGCGAGCCAACUUGGAAGAGCUGCAAGGCCAGCACGACAGCCAGAUGGAGGAGAACAGCAGGCUGCAGCGACGGCUGGAUGACAGUGAAGGAGAGCUGAGGAAGAACCUGGAGGAGCUCUUCCAGGUGAAGAUGGAGCGGGAACAGCACCAGACGGAGAUUCGGGACCUGCAGGAACAGCUGUCAGAAAUGCACGAUGAGCUGGACAGUGCUAAGCAGUCCGAGGACAGGGAGAAAGCGGCUCUGAUUGAGGAGCUCCUCCAGGCCAAACAGGACCUUCAGGACCUGCUGAUCGCCAAGGAAGAGCAGGAAGACCUUCUGAGAAAGAGGGAGAGGGAGCUCACCGCCCUGAAGGGGGCCCUGAAGGACGAGGUUGCCAGCCAUGACCAGGAGAUGGACAAGCUGAAGGAGCAGUACGACGCCGAGCUGCAGGCCCUUAGGGAGAGUGUGGAGGAGGCCACCAAGAAUGUCGAGCUCCUGGCCAGCCGGAGCAACGCUUCAGGGCAAAUCCAGGCUGGGGCAAAAGUACUCGAGAAGGUUCUGAAGGAGGAGAAUGAGAGGCUGCAAGGCAGGAUUGGAGAGCUGGAGCGGCAGAUCGAAGACAUGAAAGGCGAGGAGGCCCAGGCGAAGGAAGCACUCCGGAAGUGUGAGAGCGAAAUGCAGCAACUAGAGGAGGCCCUUGUGCAAGCCAGAAAGGAAGAAAAAGAAGCUACGUCAGCCAGAAGGGCCCUGCAGAGUGAGCUAGAGGGUGCUCAGAGAGAGCUGAGCCAGACCACUCAGGAGCAGAAGCAGCUGUCUGAGAAGCUCCGAGAUGAGACUGAGCAGAAGGAGCAGUUAAGAAGGCUGAAGAACGAGAUGGAGAGCGAGCGAUGGUGUCUGGACAAGACCAUCGAGAAACUGCAGAAGGAGAUGGCUGACAUUGUUGAGGUGUCCCGCACGUCAACACUGGAGCUCCAGAACCAGCUGGAUGAGUACAAGGAGAAAAAUCGCAGAGAGCUUGCCGAAAUGCAAAGGCAGCUGAAGGAAAAAACCCUAGAGGCAGAAAAGGCCCGACUGGCCACCAUGAAAAUGCAGGAUGAGAUGCACCUGAUGGAGGAAGAGUUACGGGACUACCAGCGAUCCCAGGAGGAAGCCCUCACAAAGAGGCAGCUUCUGGAGCAGACAUUGAAGGACCUGGAGUAUGAGUUGGAGGCAAAGAGUCAUGUCAAAGAUGACCGCAGCCGGCUAGUUAAGCAGAUGGAGGACAAGGUGUCCCAACUGGAGAUGGAAGUGGAAGAAGAAAGACACAACUCAGAUCUGCUGUCGGAAAGGAUCUCUCGGAGCAGGGAACAGAUGGAGCAGAUGAGGAACGAGCUACUUCAGGAGAGAGCUGUGAGGCAAGACUUGGAGUGUGAUAAGAUUUCCCUGGAGAGACAGAACAAGGAUUUAAAGAGCCGGAUUAUCCACCUGGAAGGUUCCUACAGGUCCAGUAAAGAGGGGCUGGUGGUACAGAUGGAAGCCAGGAUUGCAGAGCUGGAGGACCGACUGGAGAGUGAGGAGAGGGACCGGGCCAGCCUCCAGCUCAGCAACCGAAGACUGGAGCGGAAAGUGAAGGAGCUGGUGAUGCAGGUGGAUGACGAGCACCUGUCACUGACUGACCAGAAGGACCAGCUGAGCUUGCGCUUGAAGGCAAUGAAGCGACAGGUGGAGGAGGCCGAGGAGGAAAUCGACAGACUGGAAAGUUCUAAGAAGAAGCUGCAGAGGGAGCUGGAGGAGCAGAUUGACGUGAAUGAGCACCUGCAGGGGCAGCUCAAUUCCAUGAAGAAAGAGUUAAGGCUUAAGAAGCUACCGAGUAAAGUGCUGGAUGACGAUGACGACGACGAUGACCUCAGCACUGAUGGGGGAAGCCUCUAUGAGGCGCCACUGAGUUACACCUUCCCCAAGGACAACACCAUUGCCAGCCAGAUCUGAGUCCAGCACUUCCAGGGCUGUUGAAGGGGCUCAUAAUUCCUCACAGGAUUCUGCAGCCACCCAAAGCAAGAGGCAGCAAAGGGAGCGGGCAUCUGAAGUUGAGACCCUGAGCCAUCUCUCAC